AUGGCGCUGCGGAGGGGCGGCGGCGGGGCGCCCGGGCUGCAGCUGCUGCUGCUGCUGCUGAGCGCCGCGUGCCUGGUCCCGCCGAGCGCGCAGGUGAGGCGGCUGGCGCGCUGCCCCACCACUUGCAGCUGCACCAAGGAGUCCAUCAUCUGCGUGGGCUCUUCCUGGGUGCCCAGGGUCGUGCCGGGCGACAUCAGCUCCCUGAGCCUGGUAAAUGGGACGUUCUCCGAGAUCAAGGACCGAAUGUUUUCCCAUCUGCCUUCCUUGCAGCUGCUAUUGCUGAAUUCUAACUCAUUUACAGUCAUCCGCGAUGAUGCUUUUGCUGGACUCUUUCAUCUCGAAUACCUGUUCAUCGAAGGGAACAAAAUAGAAACGAUUUCAAGAAAUGCCUUCCGUGGCCUCCGUGACCUGACUCACCUCUCUUUGGCCAAUAACCACAUAAAAGCACUCCCAAGAGAUGUCUUCAGUGAUUUAGACUCCCUGAUUGAACUAGAUUUAAGGGGCAAUAAAUUUGAAUGCGACUGCAAAGCCAAGUGGCUGUAUCUGUGGUUGAAGAUGACAAAUUCCACCGUUUCGGACGUGCUGUGUAUCGGUCCCCCGGAAUAUCAGGAGAAGAAGCUAAACGAUGUGACCAGCUUUGACUACGAAUGCACAACUACAGAUUUUGUCGUUCAUCAGACGUUGCCCUACCAGUCGGUUUCGGUGGAUACGUUCAACUCCAAGAACGACGUGUACGUGGCCAUCGCCCAGCCCAGCAUGGAGAACUGCAUGGUGCUGGAGUGGGACCACAUCGAAAUGAAUUUCCGGAGCUAUGACAAUAUCACAGGUCAGUCCAUUGUGGGCUGCAAGGCCAUCCUCAUCGACGACCAGGUGUUUGUGGUGGUGGCCCAGCUCUUCGGCGGCUCUCACAUCUACAAAUACGACGAGAGCUGGACCAAGUUUGUCAAAUUCCAAGACAUCGAAGUCUCUCGCAUUUCCAAGCCCAACGACAUUGAGCUGUUUCAGAUCGAGGACGAGACGUUCUUCGUCAUCGCCGACAGCUCGAAAGCCGGCCUGUCAACGGUUUAUAAAUGGAACAGCAAAGGCUUCUACUCCUACCAGUCCCUGCACGAGUGGUUCAGGGACACGGACGCCGAGUUCGUCGACAUAGACGGGAAAUCGCACCUGAUCCUGUCCAGCCGCUCCCAGGUCCCCAUCAUCCUGCAGUGGAAUAAGAGCUCCAAGAAGUUCGUCCCCCACAGCGACAUCCCCAACAUGGAGGACGUGCUGGCCGUGAAGAGCUUCCGAAUGCAGAACUCCCUCUACCUGUCCCUCACCCGCUUCAUCGGGGACUCCAGGGUCAUGAGGUGGAACCAUAAGCAGUUCGUGGAGAUCCAGGCUCUCCCGUCCCGGGGGGCCAUGACCCUGCAGCCCUUUUCUUUUAAAGAGAAUCACUACCUGGCCCUGGGGAGCGACUACACGUUCUCCCAGAUAUACCAGUGGGACAAGGAGAAGCAGCUGUUCAAGAAGUUCAAGGAGAUCUACGUGCAGGCGCCUCGUUCCUUCACGGCCGUCUCCACCGACAGGAGGGAUUUCUUUUUUGCAUCCAGUUUCAAAGGGAAAACAAAGAUUUUCGAACACAUAGUUGUUGACUUAAGUUUGUGA